AUGUACGGGCGGUGCUGCCGCGUGGAUGCCGCGAGGGCGGCAUUUGACAAGGUGGUGCGCAAGGACGUCGUGACGUGGACGGCCAUGCUGACUGUGUAUGCCCACGCCGGGCAUCUGGAGGAAGCGGAGGCACUGUUUCGCGAGGCGCCAGAGCGCAACGUUUUGGGAUGGAAUGCGAUGCUUCGGGCAUAUUCUCAGCAUGGCCAAGCAUCUUCCUGUGUCCAUGCGCUCCCUUGGAUGGAACAAGAAGGGAUUCUUCCAAACGAGAGCACAUUUAUCACUGUUCUCGACGCCUGUGGAUGUGACUCCGCAACUUUGACAUUCGCCCAAGCAAGGAUGAUCCACUGCUUCGUUGCUGAGAGUGGUCUCGAAUCAAACACUCUCGUCGGGACUGGGCUAGUGAACUUGUAUGCCAAGUCUGGAUGCCUCCACCAAGCUCGAGAAGUUUUCCACCGGAUUGUCUCCAAGGAUCUCAUUGCCUGGGCUGCGAUGAUUGCUGCUUAUUCUCGAAAUGGUCGUGGAAAGCCGGCGCUGGAGCUCUUCCAGCAGCUCCAAGUCGAAGGUGUGGAGGAACCCAACAGCGUUGUCUUCACGAGCGUUCUCAGUGCUUGCGGCAGUGCUGGACUCGUCGGAGAUGGGCGAGACAAUUUCCUGUCGUUGGAGGCGGACUAUGGAAUAACUCCGUCCAUGGAGCACUACGUUUGCAUGGUGGACCUUCUCGGACGCACGGGAAAGAUAGAAGAAGCCGAUGCCUUGCUCAAGAGCAUGCCUUUUGAGCCUCAUGUUGUCGGAUGGACGAGCGUCAUGUACACUUGUGGAAGUCAUGGCGAUGACGAAAGAGCUCUAGCAGCGGUCAGGCAGAAGACACAGCUGGAAAAAACUUGGAAGGGAAAAGAAUGGCUGACAAUUAGUUAG